CACCCGCCGACAUGCAAAUUUCACCGCAUACGACUGCAGAUGGACGGGUAGGCACCUGCUUGCCCAGACAGCUUCUAGUAGCAGCAUCGUCGGCGUGCUUAAGAGAGGUUCCCCUCGCCCGUCUCAACAUGGCCUCUCCCGUUCUGUUCAGCCCCAGGUCUCUGGACUCCUGCUGCAUCCCAUCGCCGUGACGACGACGAGAUGCACGCCACGCGAGCACUCCUUCUUCUGGGCCUAGGCCUCCUAAACGGGGCCGCGGCCCUCCGCGUGCGCUCAGACGGCACUGUUGAGGAUCCCCUCGCCGGCGGCAGCAAGACCAUCAUCGUCGAGCUGGCCAAGGGCUGCAACAUCGAGGGCGUCAAGCGCAAGCUGCAGGAGCAGUCUGCAGGCACAACUGUGGUCAAGACAUUCGAGUCUGACAUCUUCACCGGCAUCAGCGUCGAGACCACCGACAACACGCUCGAGUCCCUCCAGGGCCUGGCCGACGCCGUCAAGGCCUGGCCCAUGCGCGUCAUCGACAUCCCCACCCCCGAGCGCGGCCAGACGUUCAGCACCGACGCCACGGCCAAGGAGUACUCGCUGCACAAGUACACGGGCGUCGACAAGAUCCACGAGGCCGGCGUGUACGGCAAGGGCGUCGUCGUUGCUGUCGUCGACACGGGCAUCGACUACACCCAUGCCGCUCUUGGUGGAGGCUUCGGCCCUAGCCACAAGGUCGUGGGAGGCUACGACCUCGUCGGAGACGGCAACUACCCCACCACGCCCAGGAACCCUGACCAGGACCCCAAGGACCAGAACGGCCACGGCACCCACGUUGCCGGCAUUAUUGCUGGCAAGACGGACCACUUCACCGGUGUUGCUCCCGAGGCAACCCUGCGGGCCUACAAGGUCUUUGGAGCUGGCAGCGGCGGCACCGAGGAGGCCGUGCUGAUCGAGGCGUUCCUCAUGGCCUACAAGGAUGGUGCCGAUGUCAUCACCGCUAGCGUUGGUGGUGCCGACGGCUGGGCCGACAGCGCAUGGGCCGUGGUGGCGUCUCGCAUUGUCGAUAGCGGUGUCGUGGUCACCAUUUCCGCGUCAAACUUUGGCGUUUUUGGCCCCUUUGUCGCCUCGUCCGGCAGCUCGGGCAAGAACGUUAUUGCUGUCGCCUCGGCCGAGGGCGGAGAUCUCUCUGCGGAUCCCUUCAUUGCCAACUUCACCCUCAAUGGGAACACCAAUGUGUCCGACCUCGGCUACGUCCCCAGCGACAAGGCCUGGAAUAUCACCGGUAUGAAGAUUGUGCCGACGUCGCUCAACACAUCCGUCGUCGAUGAUGCGUGCCAGCCUCUGCCCAGCGGGACUCCUUCCCUCCAAGGCUCUGUGGCCCUCGUCCGCCGCAGUGGUUGCGAGUACGCGGUCAAGCAGGCCAACGUCGAGGCUCUCGGCGCCAAGCACCUUUUGUUGUACAACAACGACGGCCUCUGGGCCGUGCCGUUUACCCAAAGGAAGAGCUCCGAGCUGGCCCUCGUCGAGGCCAAGGCCGGCAAGGCCAUCGUGGAGACCGUCGCUGCCGGCGGCUCAGUGGUCGUCGACUUCUCACAGAAGCACUCUUACAAGGUCGGAGUCUUCAACAGCGCCGGCGGCAGGCCCAACGACUUCACCUCGUGGGGCCCCCUCUGGGAUCUGCAGAUCAAGCCUGACGUGACGGCGCCCGGCGGCAACAUCUUGAGCACCUACCCCGGCAACCAGUGGAUGGUCAUGAGCGGCACCUCCAUGUCCUGCCCUUAUGUCGCUGGUGUCGCUGCCCUAUACGUCAGCGCCCACGGCGGCCGUAAGGUCCACGGUUCCGGCUUCGGCCGCGAGAUGUUCCAACGCAUAGUCUCCAGCGGCGGCGCCCUUCCCUGGUCCAACACCGACCCUUUGCGGACCGGCACUGUGGCGGACGACAAGGGCUUUUUUGCGCCCGUUCCCCAGGUCGGCACGGGCAUGAUCAACGCGGCCAAAGUCCUGUAUUCCGAUACGCGAAUCGCCUUUGAACCGUUUGCGCUCAACGACACGGCCAACCUUAGGGCUGAGCACGAACUCGCCAUUACCAACAGCGGGAAGGAGCCGGUCGAGUACAGUUUCCAGCUGCAGCCCGCUGCCGGAGUCGAGAUCUUCCAGCCCUACAACCAGUUUGGUGCCCGGAACAGCAUCUUUAAAUCCCUCGAAGACCUGGAGCCCAUCAGCCUGGUCCCGGGCGUGUCCAUGCCGGAGCCCAUCACGGUCGCGCCGGGCGAGACGCGCAACGUCAGCUUCAGCUUCGCGGCGCCGACCGGGCCCGGCGUCAACGCCAGCAAUAUGCCGCUCUACAGCGGCAAGGUGCUCGUCACGGGCGGCAACGGCGACUCGCUCUCGGUCCCGUACAUGGGCGCCGCCUUUAGCCUGGCCGGCGAGUUCAAGCAGAUGUGGAGGAAGGGCAGCCCCGAGUUCUCGUGGAGGACCCCGAGCGUCUGGACCUUUGACCUGAACCCGAGCGCGCCCGGCUACCCCAUCAUCUUCAUGUCGGUCGAGUACGGCGCCCGCGAGGUCCGCUGGGACAUGUUCGAGUCGGGCUGGACCGAGGACCGCUGGAGCUACCCGCCCGUCGUCGGGGAGAACGGCUACGUCGGCUCGGCGACCUCGUACGACGCCACCUACCUCGGCAGCGUCUUCAACCCCGCGACCAUGCGCGUGAACGACACGUUCCCCUUCCCCAUCCAGGGCGUCGUGCGCAACAGCGGCAACAUCGGCCAGUACCACUUCUGGUGGCUCGGCGCAAUGGCCAACGGCUCCCAGAUCACGUCUGGAAAGUACAAGAUGCGGUUCGCUGCUCUCCGUCCUUUCGUUGACCCCAAGGCUUCGGAGAGUUGGUCGGUCUGGGAUCUGCCAGAGAUAAUCAUCAACAGGGCGGCCCCGGUCGUAAGCAACAGGACUCAGUCCUAGUGUAUCACAUCGAAAGUAAUGUUUAUAUAUAGUUUACGAUGUAGUAUAAUGUCCGUAUCAGAGUGUUCGACGCGCUGCCCUACCGUACCGACUGAAUGUAUUGCUCUCUGUCGCACCUUCUCCACUAA